GUUACCCUACACUUUACAUCCUCUUGCCUUUUUUUUCCACUUACCCACUCUAUAUAAAGGCUACAAGUACUUCUAGUAAUAUUCACAACUCAAACCAAUUCAAAUAGCCAUAAGCUAGUCCUUGUGGUAGACAAAACAAAAAUGGUGCACCAGGCAUUGUCCGAACAAAUCCAAUUCCCUCACAAAAAGAUUGUCGACGAGGUGUCCGGGUGGCUCAGAGUGUUCGAUGAUGGCUCGGUCGAUCGGACCUGGACCGGGCCUCCUGAGGUCAAGUUCAUGUCCGACCCGGUCCCGUCCCACGAAGACUUCGUGGAUGGUGUCGCCACCCGUGACGUGAUCGCCGACGUAGAGUCGGGCCUUCGAGUCCGAAUUUAUUUGCCUGAGAUGGGAACUCUUGGUGAUGAGCAAAAGUUGCCAGUCUUGCUUCAUUUCCAUGGUGGCGGCUUCUGCAUCAGCCAAGCCGAUUGGUACAUGUACUAUCAUGUCUACACCCGGCUCGCGCGCGAAGCCAAGGUCAUUUGUGUCUCUGUAUUCCUUCGUCGCGCCCCCGAAAAUCGCCUCCCGGCUGCUUGCGAUGACAGCUUCUCCGCCCUUCUCUGGUUGAAAUCCUUGGCUCUGGGCGUCGGCUUGCAUGAACCGUGGCUCAAAACACACGCCGACUUCAGCCGCGUAUUCCUAAUUGGAGAUAGCUCCGGCGGCAAUCUGGUCCAUAACGUGGCCGCACGCGCCGGAAAAGUGGACUUGAGUCCGGUGAGGCUGGCCGGAGCAAUCCCGAUCCACCCGGGUUUCGUCCGAUCCACCCGGAGCAAAUCGGAGCUGGAGCAACCCCAGACGCCUUUUCUCACCUUAGACAUGUUGGACAAGUUCCUGAGCCUGGCAUUACCGGUGGGAGCCACCAAGGACCACCCGAUAACGUGCCCGAUGGGGGACGCAGCGCCGCCCAUCGCCGCCCUGAACCUGCCGCCGAUCCUGCUGUGCGUGGCGGAGAUGGACCUGAUAAAGGACACGGAGAUGGAGUACUACGAGGCGCUGAAGAAAGGGAACAAGGACGUCGAGCUGAUGAUUAAUAAAGGAAUGAUUCACAGCUUUUACCUGAACAAGAUCGCCGUUGAUAUGGACCCGCUGACCGGAGUUGAAACGGGGAAGCUUAUUUCUGGGAUUGCUGAUUUUGUCAAAAGACACUAAAAACAGUUGCAACUAGUUUCAAUUACAGUACUUGGGUGCUUAGGAUUCUGUCUCAUCUUGUUUGAUUUGGUUUAUCGUUUGAUCAAAUGUGUUCAGAACCGUUGAAUGUACGUGAAUUUUGCAAUAAGUUAACGGAAUGUAAGAAUAAAAAACGGGCACAUUUAUGUU